AUGCGAUUUACCCUUCCUUUCCUCCUAAGCCUGGGAUGGCUCGUGGGAGCUGCUGUCAUUCCUUCGCAUGAAACUCGUACAGCUGAGCUUGAUGCUCGCGAUACAACUGGAUAUCGCUCUGUUGCCUAUUUUGUCAACUGGGCUAUCUAUGGACGUAACUUCAAUCCCCAGGAUCUGCCUGCGGAGAGACUAACCCAUGUUUUGUAUGCCUUUGCCAAUGUCCAUCCGGAUACCGGAGAAGUGUACAUGUCGGAUUCUUGGGCCGACAUUGAGAAACAUUAUACCGGGGAUUCGUGGAGCGAUACUGGAAACAAUGUUUAUGGAUGCGUCAAGCAGCUAUUCUUACUCAAACAGAAGAACCGAAAGCUGAAGAUUCUUCUCUCUAUCGGCGGCUGGACCUACUCGAGCAACUUUCCCGCUCCCCUGAGUACAGCCUCUGGCAGAGCGACGUUUGCUUCCUCUGCAACAAACCUAGUCAAGGAUCUUGGCUUCGACGGUGUUGAUAUUGAUUGGGAGUACCCUGCCAGUAGCUCUCAGGCUGAUGACAUGGUCUCUACUUUGCAAGCAGUGCGCUCGUCAUUGGACGCUUACAGCGCGGCCAACGCGAGUAAUUAUCAUUUCCUGAUCACCGUUGCAUCCCCUGCUGGCCCAGCAAAUUACCAGCAGCUCCACCUUGCUCAAAUGGACCAGUACCUGGACUUCUGGAAUCUCAUGGCCUAUGAUUACUCUGGAAGCUGGGAUACUAUCGCUGGCCACGAUGCCAACGUCUACGCGUCGACCAGCAAUCCAGCUAGCACCCCCUUCAACACGGACCAAGCCAUUAACUACUAUGUCGCGAAUGGUGUACCAGCAAACAAGAUCGUGAUGGGUAUGCCACUAUACGGCCGCUCAUUCAUGAAUACCGACGGACCUGGAACCACCUACACUGGGGUUGGUAGCGGGAGCUGGGAGAACGGCGUGUGGGACUAUAAAGCUCUACCCCUGACCGGUGCCACUGAGAACUAUCUCAGUCAGCCUGUUGCAAGCUACAGCUAUGACUCCACGCAGAGAAUGAUGGUUAGCUAUGACACUCCACAGGUUGCUCAAUUGAAGGCGCAAUAUAUCCAGUCCAAGGGUCUUGGUGGCGGUAUGUGGUGGGAGAGCAGCAGCGACAAGAAUGGCUCAGACAGCUUGAUCACUACGGUUGUCAACCAAUUUGGCGGCACCGGUGCCCUGGAUCAGAGCCAGAAUGAGCUGAGCUACCCCGCGUCCUCCUAUGAUAACCUAAAGGCUGGCUUCCCAUCUAGCUAA